GGCGUGUCAUUGAUCCUACAAACAUAUCCUAAUCCCUAAUGGGAAUCUCUGGCAUUUGAUGACGAAGUGCCAGGCGGUGGGAUCUGCAUGAAGGGGUUGUGCCACAGACAGGGACAGAGCAGGUCAGGGGAUUUGUUGGAUACAUAUUUGAGUUUCCAGUGGGGAGUUUGGACUUUGGCUGCUCUGUGUUUUUUUUGAACAGGAAUGAAGUCUGGCGCCUGCUGAUGGUGCAACAGAUAUUAAUCCCACGUGAUAGGGAGAAGCCAGUCAGCAGGAGGGAGAGAGUGGAGGAGAGAAGGGGAAAAGUGCAAGGAUUGGAGACAGGACUGACUCUCUGUGCUCCCUCUAAGCUGGGAGACCCAAGCCCCCCAGAGCCAGGAUCUGAUUGUGCUUGCAGUGCCUAAUGGGCUAUUGGGUCUUUCUCCCCCAGGUCUGUGAAGCCAUCUCUUAUUCUGUGAACUCUGCCCCUGGAAUGCUGGAAGCUGGAAGGGUUUAGUCAGUGUCAGGUAUAAAUAGAAGAACAAGGGGAGGGGACUUCUCAUAAUAAACUUGGACACCCAGAAGAUGAGGUCUGCCAUGAGUGACCUUCUGAAUUGGUGAUCACCCUGGACUUAUCCUUGGAGUUAAUUUGAGAAGAUCUGGAUCCAUUUUGAGACCCUGUGCCCGACCCUUCAUCUAGGCUUGAGGGUAAUUUCCCUUGGAGAAGAUCCCACGCUGAGCUGUGGAAUUCUUGGUGGGGUUGUGGACAUCUGGAGCUUGUGAGGAUGUAUCAAAGCCUAUCAAUGUCUGCCAGCCAUGCCCCACCAUCUUAUGAUGGAACUGGUAGCUUCAUACAUGGGGCAACUACCUCAUCUCCAGUCUAUGUGCCAACCAGCAGGGUGUCCUCCAUGAUCCCCAGCCUACCUUACCUUCAAGGCAGCAGCUCAUCUCAACAAGCCAGCCCUGUGUCAGGCCACAACAUGUGGCCACCUACUGGAGCAGAGUCCGCUUACAAUCCAGGAUCUUCUCACACCCCAGUGUCUCCAAGGUUUGCCUUCUCCUCCAGUCCCCCUAUCUCUGCCCCUUCUAGCAGAGAAGUGUCUUACAGCAGCCCCCUGGCCAUCUCAAGCAAUGGAAGGGAGCCUUAUAGCAGGGGUCUGAGUGCCACUUACCCCAGCCCUUACCCUGCAUAUGUGAGCCCUGAUAUGGGCGCUGCCUGGACUACCUCUCCCUUCGAUAGCUCCAUGCUGCACAAUCUGCAGAGCAGAGGAGGACCUGGGACCCCAAGACACCCCAAUAUAGAAUUUUUCGAUGACUUCUCAGAGGGACGAGAAUGUGUCAACUGCGGAGCUAUGUCGACCCCACUUUGGAGGAGAGAUGGUACAGGCCACUAUUUAUGCAAUGCCUGUGGACUGUACCAUAAGAUGAACGGAAUCAACCGACCCUUGAUAAAGCCCCAGCGAAGACUGUCAGCAUCUCGCCGCGUGGGUCUGUCCUGUGCCAAUUGUCAUACGACCACCACUACGCUUUGGCGUCGAAAUGCGGAGGGGGAACCCGUCUGUAAUGCUUGUGGACUCUACAUGAAGCUGCACGGGGUUCCACGCCCAUUAGCAAUGAAAAAAGAAGGCAUUCAGACUAGAAAACGUAAGCCAAAGAAUCUCAGCAAGUCCAAAACGCCAACAGGACUAAAUGGCAGCGAUAACCUCACUCCUUCAACCGGCUCCGCCAACUCCAGCGCAAAUGAGGAGAUGCGCCCCAUAAAGAUUGAACCUGACUUGUCCCCUCCUUAUGGCCAUUCCCUGUCUCUGGCUCAGGCAUCCUCUUUGUCUGCAAUUACAAGUCACGGAUCAUCUAUUCAUCCCAUGACAGGUCUAAAACUGUCCCCACAAAACCACCACUCUCCACAAACGAGCUCAAAGCAUGACUCCUGGAAUAACUUGGUUCUGGCAUAGGCUGCUACUACCCAGCCAACGCAUUUCACCUCCCAACUCAACCUGAAGACUAGAACCCAAGUUUGAUUCAGUUCUACAAGACAGACUUCUAACCUUACGAAAGAAGAAAAAAAAAAUUGCAAUCUCUCCAGGACACGAGUUAUUCAAUUUUAAAGUACAAAACUAGCAAUGUAAUUUAAAACCUGUUGUUCUAGGAACUGACUGUUUAUACACAAGACUAUUGUGGGAAAGAUGAAAAGGAUGUGUUGCUAUAUCGAACAUUUAUGCUGCACAAUGAAAUUUCAUUCUUGUCCACAGCCUUGCCAAUCAUAUUUCUCAGUGACCAAGGUAUCCAUCAGUUUGCUUGUGAAAAGUGGGAAUUAAAAUAUAAAAAAGCUUGAUGAUCCAUUGGAAAACAUAAGGAAACAUUUAGGCAGCCCCAUCGGAUACCUUCAGCUGAAGACACAGAAGCCAAGAAAAUUUUUUGUAUAAAGAAUCUAAAUGUUUGAUUUUGGACAGGACACACAGAGAGGAAGCUAGUGUGGACGUUCACGGCUGAGCUGUGUAUUGUAGUUAUAAUUAUUCUCUGCUUAUUGCAAGAUGUUUUAUGGUUUUCCUGGUCUCAGACUUAAAAAAAUAUGUUCAUAUAUUAUUAAGGAGGAAAAAAUAGAAUAUAUACACUUAUAAGACCCCACUUAAUUACUGUUGAUUUCUCUAUGCACAAUUUGCCCUUUAACUCCUAUUUGUUGGUCAAAACGCUGUAGGGAUUAUUGAAUAGAGCUCGUAAAAAGUAGAACAGGAGUUGUAGAACUUCACUUCUGGUGAAGAAUCUACCUUCUGACCACACUGGUCUACACUAUGUCUUUGAGUCUCAUAAAAAAAAAAAAAAAACACCUGUCCUGUAGUGAACCGGUAAACUAAAACAUUUCAGCUAAUUAUAGGCAUAGAAUCUUUUAGAAA